ACGACUCCGAAUAGCAUAGUCCCGAUGGUUGCACUACCGGUAUAGUAUAAGCGGCAGAGUUUUAGCAAUUGCAGUAUCGGGAUAUACGAGCAGCAUAGCCCCUGCGAUUGCAGUGUCGGUAUAUACAAGCAGCAACACCCAGGUGCUGCACUGUCGGGAUAUACGGGCAACAGAGCCUCUGCUGCGAUGGCACUGUCGGCAUGUACUAGCAGCAGAGCCCCUGCGAUUGCACUGUCGGGAUAUACGAGCAGCAACACCCAGGUGAUUGCAGACUGACACAGAUUGCAUCUCGCACAGCACACAGAGUAAAGAGCAGCUGGCAGCAGCGGGCGCUAGGACCCGGGCGGCAGACCGUUUCUUAGAAGCAAUAAGGCUGUGCGCCUGCGCACAGGGAACAGUCAGAGAGCCGCUCUCCUGGUGGAGCUGCUGCACGUUCCUGGAGCCCGGAGCCCCGCACAGCCUGUGGCAGAGCCUUUACGGAGACGGUGCGACCCCCUGUGCGCUGAGUCCCAGAGGAGCUGUCCGUUCAGCACCAGGUACAGCAGUGCUCUGUGUCAAGGGAAUGGGCACAGAGGAGCCAUGGAUGUAGGGGUCUGGCAGGAGAGGUGCCACUGAUAGCCAUCACCCAUUUAGAACACUGGGGACCUGUUACACCACCUCCACCAGCCUGUCCCACUGAGGCAGAGCACACCCUGCUUCCCAAGCAGCGUCCUUGGGAGCAGUCCUUGCAUUGAGUGCCUGUUGGGACCGAUGACUGGGACUCACGCACGACAUGUUCAAUAGACGACAUGGGCCAAGGGGACGAGACAGAUCGCAUCGUGAUAAACGUGGGAGGAACGAGACACCAGACCUAUCGCAGCACCCUCCGCACCUUGCCAGGGACCAGGCUGGCGUGGCUCGCUGAGCCCGAUGCCCACAGUCACUUUGACUAUGACCCCAGGACCGAUGAGUUCUUCUUCGAUAGACACCCCGGGGUUUUUGCCCACAUUCUGAAUUACUACCGGACGGGCAAGCUGCACUGCCCGGCGGAUGUAUGUGGCCCCUUGUAUGAAGAAGAGCUGGCAUUUUGGGGCAUAGAUGAGACCGAUGUGGAACCUUGCUGUUGGAUGACCUACAGGCAGCACCGAGAUGCUGAAGAAGCCCUGGAUAGCUUUGGUGGUGGCCCGGUGGACAACAACGCUGAUGAUGGGGAUGUAGAUGGCACUGGAGACUCUGGAGAUGGUGAGGAAGAGCUGGAAAUGACUAAACGUUUGGCCCUAAGUGACUCUCCAGAUGGCAAAUCAGGAGGGUUUUGGAGGAGAUGGCAUCCCCGGAUUUGGGCUCUCUUCGAAGACCCCUACUCCUCUAGAUAUGCAAGGUAUGUGGCAUUUGCCUCGCUCUUCUUCAUUCUGGUCUCCAUCACCACCUUCUGCCUAGAGACUCAUGAACGAUUUAACCCCAUUGUGAACAAAACUGAAAUUGAAACAAUUGGGAAUGAGACCCAGAAACGCUUUUACAGGGAAUCGGAGACAGAUGCCUUCCUGACCUACAUUGAAGGUGUCUGUGUAGUGUGGUUUACAUUUGAGUUCCUCAUGAGGAUUACGUUCUGUCCGAACAAGGUGGAAUUUAUCAAAAACACUUUAAACAUCAUUGACUUUGUGGCCAUUCUGCCUUUUUAUUUGGAGGUUGGACUCAGUGGCCUGUCUUCCAAAGCUGCAAAAGACGUGUUGGGCUUCUUGAGAGUCGUCCGAUUUGUGCGCAUUCUUCGAAUUUUCAAGCUGACCAGGCACUUUGUAGGCCUAAGGGUUCUAGGACAUACCCUUCGUGCUAGCACAAAUGAGUUUUUGCUGCUGAUUAUAUUCUUAGCUUUGGGAGUUUUAAUCUUUGCCACCAUGAUCUAUUAUGCUGAGAGAAUAGGUGCUAACCCAAAUGAUCCUAGUGCCAGCAACCAUACACAUUUUAAAAAUAUCCCCAUCGGCUUCUGGUGGGCCGUUGUCACUAUGACCACCCUUGGCUACGGAGACAUGUAUCCUCAGACAUGGUCUGGUAUGCUGGUUGGAGCGCUAUGUGCUCUUGCUGGUGUGCUGACUAUUGCUAUGCCUGUACCAGUCAUUGUGAACAAUUUUGGAAUGUAUUAUUCCCUAGCUAUGGCUAAGCAGAAGCUACCAAAGAAAAAAAAGAAGCAUAUCCCGCGCCCUCCCCAACUGGGAUCUCCCAAUUAUUGUAAAUCUGUUGUAAACUCUCCACAUCACAGUACUCAGAGUGACACAUGCCCGCUUGCACCAGAAGAAAUGUUAGAAAUGAACAGAGGAGUUUGGCUCCGCUGGAUAUUGUUGCCAAGUGAUACGACUCUCAGCAUGUAACAGUGCAUGGGAAUUCCGCUGAAGUGACACUGUUGACUUCAUUCUUAGUCCAUUCAACUUUUUGAUCCACUGCUGUACUUUGCAUUCCAUCUUCCAAAUGAAGGUUUUAAAAAAGUAUAUCUGUAUAAUGUCAUAGCUAACGUAACUGGGAGUGUGAUAGCACGUCCUCCAGUUUCUGCAUCCUGCACUACGCCUUUUCACUCUUCUCUAUCCCAUCCUUCUUGUAGCAUGGAUCAGUAGCAGAGAAUGGUCUAAAGCUAUUCAGUCAUUCCUAAGUUCAUAUGCUCUUACGGUAGUAUCAUUACGAGCAUGGUGCUACUGGUAACUGGUAUCCGAUAGAGAAAGAUGACCUAAUAUGGGCAUUACAUUGUUCUGGUGGGCCAUAUGCUGCAUGAUCUUGGUAUAUAGGACAAAGGGUGGAUGCACCAUAUAACAUAGUGUCUUGCUAGUAUGAUGCUAUUUAAUCUUGGCUAAUAUCGGAUUUCACUGGCUGCUACCGUUAUGUGGAAAAAUGGAGACGUAUGAAGAAUCGUUAUUUCUCAGGAUAUUCUUUGAGCCAUAGGAACCCUGCGACAGUCUGCAAAAGCACAGUAGGAUGAUUUGAUGCAUGGGCACCUAUUUCAUUAGAAAGCAAUAUUAAGGUGUUCUGUUGACUGCAUGGAUAUAAUAUCAAAACUCCACUGGAGAUAACAAUGGCUGCCUCUGCAUGUAGCUCUUCUACUCUCUCUUUAUCUCUCUCUAGAAAAAGUUAUCUACAAUCUUGAAUCUAAACAGAACAUGGAGGAGUGUUAAGUAUUCAUUGUAUUCUUUACAGGCAUGUUUUUGCAAAGAGCGUCCUGUCACUGCUAAAUAUGCAAACAGAGGCAGCCACGGAGGCUUGGAAUGAGGCGACAAAUGUGAUGGGUUAUACUCACCCGGACAGAACCUCCGCAUACGGACAAACAUAACUACAGUACGUCACACAGCUGUUUAAAGGCAACUGUACUUCUUCGAGGUGUCGGGUGAAGUUAAUUAAGAAUGAUGCAGGCUUUUUUUUUUUUUUCUACGGCCAAAAUGUAAAACCGUAGAGGAAUCUUCUAUUCAUUUAGCAUGAAUUGCAUGAUAUAUAUAAAAAAAAAAAGCAAAAAAAAAAAAAAAUCAAUAUAUGAAAACUAGAAUUACAAAAUUCUGUGAAGAAUUAAAAAAAUGCAUAUAUUUUCCUUUAAAGCUCUUUACUUUUACAUACAUUAUGUAGCAAACUGUAUACAUUUUAAACUGUAAAUUGAAUUGCUCUGGGUUGCUUUUUUGUAUACGGGACUCAUAACAGAAUUGCACUCCGCCAUCCAUCGGUCACAUUGACCAGAUCUGUACAUCAUCAAUACAUGGACUAAAAGAAACUUUUAUUGUGUACAUUUGGCAAACUUUCUGUUUUCCUGUUUUCAUUGGCAUGCUCGUGAACAAGGACCCCCUAACUGACUGGAUAACAGCUGGUCUAUUACUGACAUUCCAUUUGAGGUUCUACUGUAUGUUAUCAGUGUAUAAAUCAAACAUGACUAUCUUUAAAAGAUUGUUAUUAAAUAAUCUAUAUGGAUAUUACAAAAAACAAAUGAAACGUGUUAAUUUAAUACUGGGACUUGCAGUAUAAAAAAAUCAGGAAACAUGUUUGUCAAAAUGAGAACAAAACUGCAUUGUAUGCAAUUUCAUAAGUCUGACGCAAAGAUGCAUGCAUAAUGUUAUGCAAAAAACCAAGCUGCAUGAAAUAAAUUUUGUAUUAUGGUU